CCCUAGCAUGUUUCAUCUGCUUCACUUUUAACUCCAGCUCCAGGGUUUACACGAGCCGCAGCGCAGCGUUUCCAACAGAAAAAAUGGCAGUCCCUUUGCUGUCCAAGAAGAUUGUGAAGAAGCGUGUCAAGAAGUUUAAGAGGCCCCAAAGUGACCGCAAGAUCUCCGUUAAGACAAACUGGCGAAGGCCUAAGGGUAUUGACUCCCGUGUUAGGAGAAAGUUCAAGGGAUGCACUUUGAUGCCCAAUAUUGGUUAUGGUUCAGACAAGAAGACUCGCCACUAUCUUCCCAACGGGUUUAAGAAAUUUGUUGUGCAUAAUGUCCAAGAGCUGGAGCUUCUCAUGAUGCACAACAGGACAUACUGUGCUGAGAUAGCCCAUGAUGUUUCAACCAAGAAGAGGAAGCAAAUUGUUGAGCGAGCAGCACAGUUGGAUGUUGUUGUUACCAACAAAUUGGCUAGGUUGCGCAGCCAGGAGGAUGAGUGAAGAUUGGUCCUUUAAUGUUGAUUUUGCUUUUUGGUAUAAUAUAUUUUCGUUUAGUAAGUUUCAGUACUUUGGGUUAAAAUUUUUAAGUCUUAUUUUGACUUGAAUCGCAUGUUCUUUUGUUGUGAUUGAAUCUGAACACUUUUAUCUAAUUUGAAGUCUGCAUGACUGAUAUUUUGAGGUUCU